UGCUCCCUGACCGGCACCUGGAAGAAUGACCUCGCCUCCACCAUGCAGAUCAACAGCGUCAGUGACACGGGGGUGUCCAGCGGCCUCUACCAAACGGCAGUCUCGGCCUCCGACGUGCCCAUCCGGCCACCCCCGCUGCAGGGCGUCCAAAUCCACCUCCAUCUUUUCGGGCCAGUGGUGGACGAGGACGGAGAGGAGCAGCUGAAGACAAUCUGGCUGCUGCGUGUGAAGGUGGGCCGAGCAGAGAUGGGGGAAGACAGAGCAAAGUCUCUGGUGGACAAGAAUGGAGAGGAGCAGCUGAAGACAGCCUGGCUGCUGUGUGGGGAG